AUGUCCCGUUAUUGGAGGAUGUGGAUUCGUGAAGAGACCGACCGCCCACUGCCUUUGGACUUAUCACGGAAGGUGACCCACCUCACAUCCACCCUAAGCAAUGAAUGGAACUUCGAUAAAGGCGCAAAAGAGCAACCUACUAUCAACAUUGAUGAUCUCUUAUUCACCACAUGGCACCUUCUAGCCGUGUGUGAUUUGACCUUUCCCACCUUUCGCAUGCUCCUUCAACUAAAUACCUUGCGAAAAAUGAUGUGCUCCACCACAGCUCGUCCUGGAACCCUGAUUGAGUCCAACGCGCAUGAAAAUGCAGGCGACGUCUUGAAAUGGAAAGAUGUGGCUCUUUUCAUGGUGAAACACCCCCAAGAUCCAAAUCGGCGUGAGCUCCUCAUGAGAGUCAAGCAAAGGCUCAUAAAAAGAAGACGAAAUAAAGAAGACCAGCCUCUAAUGUGCUUUGGCCUCAUCUUCACGUAUACCGAACGGAAUGACAGUCUGGGUCUUUGUGUCCUUCAAGAUAUACUCACGUAUGCUUUUGAGGAUGACGCCUUUGCCAGCCCUCAUAUCUAG